AUGACAACUCGCAGUUCCUCUGGUGAGUCAAUUUCAAUAAACAAUAAAAUCUUCAGCGCAGAAAAGUGAACGGCACCGUAAGUGAGCCGAUAUACCAACCCAUUCUUAAAUUGCUUCAUGUUUGGCUCGUGAAAAGACUGAAACUAAACACACGCACAAAGCAACUUUAAUCGACCACAAAUCAAGGAAUUCAUCAUGCAAGAAAAUCGACCAGAACUCUACGAAGAGGUGAAACUCUAUCGUCAGGCCCGGGAACGUGAGAAGUACGACAAUAUGGCUGAUCUUUUCGCACUAGUAUCGACACUCCAAAAUCUGGAGAAAGCCUACAUCCGUGAUUGCAUUACGCCGCAGGAGUACACAGCAGCCUGUUCGAAGUUGUUGGUGCAGUACAAAGUCGCGUUCAAGAUUGUGCAGGGACCCGAGUUUCCCACGAUCGAGGCGUUCGUUAAAAAGUUUAGACUGGACUGUCCGGCUGCGCUGGAACGCAUCCGCGAGGACCGUCCGAUUACCAUUCGGGAUGAUAAGGGUAAUACGAGCAAGUGCAUCGCUGACAUCGUGUCGAUGUUCAUCACGCUUAUGGACAAGCUGCGGUUGGAAAUACGUGCCAUGGAUGACUUGCACCCCGAGUUAAGGGAUCUGCUCGACACGAUGAACCGUCUCUCGCUAAUCCCGGACAAUUUCGAGGGCAAGGAAAAAGUAGCUUCCUGGCUUGCAACAUUGAACGAAAUGCAGGCUUCCGACGAUCUCACCGAAGCGCAGGUUCGUCAACUGUUGUUCGAUUUAGAAUCUUCAUAUUCGGCGUUCAACAAUUUAUUGCAUAACACUUAAAUUCAUAGUUUUCGGGGGAAUAGUGGGAAUUACUCGAUAACAAGUACGCUUUGGUUGCAAAUGUAUAUAAAUAAAAUCAUAGAUUGAUUUAUAAGAAAUCAUGAGGUCAAAAGUGCGAUAUCCCGGACUAGGAGGAUCUGAAACGAACAAUUGAAAUGAAAUCGUAAAACUGAUUGCAAGAGGAACGGACUAAGAAACAUUUAAUAUUAUCCAUAUUUUUAAUCAAACAUGUAAGAAAUAUAUGUAUUGUUUAACCAAA